CGAUCCCUCCAUUUUGAGAUGGCGAGUUGCCAAGACUCUUCUUCCAACGUAUGCGCAAGCUUCAGAUUUGAUAUGAAGUUCACGAUUUGGUUCAAGACCAGAAGCCGGCCGUGAGCGAUGCCGAACGAUACUUCGUGUUCGCCGAGUGGUACUUGUGUGAUUUUGACGGGGACGGUGACCAAUGGUACAGACUUCGUUGCUCAGUAUGAUCCCAGUGCGGCGGCACCACAUUGGCAUUCACGGAUGGAAUUGGCGACGAUCAUCGUGUGCAAUUCUUUGUCAUUCAUUGUGAUUGUAUCUCGAGUAUGGUAUCGAUGGACCAAACUCAAGCGAUUCCGUGGAGACGAUAGAUGGAUGCUUUUUGCUGCUCUCAUUCUGCUUCCAUUUACUGCCAGUCAAAUUGGGACGAACGCCUAUGGAAGCGGACUCUACAUGAGGAAUGUCCCGAAAUCUUGGAGACCCAUGCAUUGGCAUUUCAUGCUUGGCUGGGUCGGAUACUAUAUCGUAGUAACCAGUAUAAAGCUUUCCGUCUGCUUUUGCUUUCUCCAAAUUUUGACCAUUCACCACAAAUCCUCGACAUAUUGCGUCUAUGGACUCUGUACCCUCAUUGCUAGUCUGGGACUGACAAUGUCCUUCUCAUGGCUAUUCGAUUGUUCACCGUUCCUGAGCAAUUUUGUCUGGAGUAUUCAAACUAAUACAUGUAUUAACUAUGAUAUAUUCCGCUACCUAUGGAUUGGCGUCAGUAUACCGAUUGAUCUCGCAAUAUUGAGCGUACCUGUCCAAUUCUUGAAGCGACUGAAGCUGCGAACCCAUGAGCGUCGGAUCCUGAAGAUGGUAUUUGCUGCUACACUACUCGGCACGAUUACCUGUGCUAUCGGAAUAUAUGGCGCAUUCGAGACUCGGACCGCGGAAGGCAACAAUGCAUUCUACCAAGAAACCGCAUUUGUUAUGAUGUGCGAUAUUGAAAUAUUGAUGUACACAUUAGGUGCCUCGUUUCCAAGUAUGUACUCCUGUUUGCCCUCGAUCCCAGUCUUCGGCUCGCUGGCUGUAUUCAUAGAUCCUGACAAUUAUAGUACUCUCCCGGUAUAUGGUGCAACGAGCAGACCCCGGUCCUGGUCAAACACACGAAAACUUCUCCUCAUGGGCACGCUACGUUCCGAACUUCUUUUCUUCCCGUACCCUUUCCACGAAUCACCACGUCACUCUCCCACGCUCUCGACAUCCCGAUACUCAUACAGACGAGGCGGCACUGAAAUCCCAGGCGAUUGAGGAACAGAGUACUUGCAAUACUCCUGAUCUGCCGGAAAAGAGCUAUGGUUCGGAGAGGAGUGGGUGUACAGAAAACACUGAUGUGGAAAGGGCAGAUGUGGUGACGGUCCGGAGAGAGGUUAGCGUGUCGAGGGAGGUCGGAGGAGAGACAUUGGAGGAGUAUAUGAGAAGUCGUGUUAUUGGGCAGGGAUGGUAGAUAUACGGUUGGCAUG